AUGAAAACUCCCGGCAUUUGUUCUGAUGGAUCUUCAUGUCGGCACACGUUUACCCCCUUUGUCAGAGUGAAGAAGCCAAGUUCACAUGUCAAACAUCUCUACUGGUUUCAAACAUUACUGCUGGCCGUCCUAUUGGCAGGUCAGGCUUCCUGUAAUGAGACAUCUGCUGCCCCUCCCCUUGUUCCUACAACAAAAGCCCAGACUUCAGUAUACUACUCGGUCGUUGUCUCUGUGGAUGUCAAUGGACAGAAGAAUGAAUCUGAAAUCGUUGCCUGGCUUAAACAAGUGUUCAAAAACAGGCUGCACAGCUGUGUCUCUCCUAACCACGAAGAAACAACUGCCACACCUACCUCUCCACAAACUACAUCUGCAAACACAUCAUAUGUGACGACACUGCAAAGCUAUAAUAAAACUACAGCUAUGGAAACCACAACGUUACAGAGCAACAGCACAACUACAGCUGCCGCAACCACCACGUUACAGGGCAACGACACAACUACAGCUGCAGAAACUACAACGUUACAGGGCAACAACACAACCACAGCAUCAACGUUACAGAGCAACAAUACAACUACAGCUGCCGCAACUACAAUGUUGCAGGGCAACAACACAACUAACAAUACAACUACAGCUGCCGCAACUACAACGUUGCAGGGCAACAACACAACUACAGCUGCCGCAACUACAACGUUACAGGGCAACGACACAACUACAGCUGCAGAAACUACAACAUUACAGGGCAAAAAUACAACUACAGCUGCAGAAACUACAACAUUACAGGGCAAAAAUACAACUACAGCUGCAGAAACUACAACGUUACAGGGCAAAAAUACAACUACAGCUGCAGAAACUACCACGUUACAGGGCAACAACACAACUACAGCUGCAGAAACUACAACGUUACAGGGCAACAACACAACUACAGCUGCAGAAACUACAACGUUACAGGGCAACAACACAACUACAGCUGCAGAAACUACAACGUUACAGGGCAAUAACACAACUACAGCUGCCGCAACUACAAUGUUACAGGGCAACAACACAAUGACAGCUGCAACAGCAACAACAACAGACGACAACCACAGCAACAACCAGAGCUGCAACCACAGCUGCAACUACAGCUGCAACCACAGCAUUAAAAAUAACUACCACAACCACAGCUGCAACCACAGCUGCAACAACAGCAUUAACAAGCAUCACCACAUCUACACCUGCAGCAACUGCGAUAAAAAGAACUACCACAGCUACAACAACAGCGUUAAAAAGAACUACCACAACCACAGCUGCAACAACAGCAUUAACAAGCAUCACCACAACUACACCUGCAGCAACUGCGAUAAAAAGAACUACCACAACCAUAGCUGCAACAACAGCGUUAAAAAGCACCUCCAUGCGACCAGCAAUGACAAAACAACUGACAUAUUUCAGGAUAUGGAUGUUUCAUGUGUCAAGAAGACUGCAAUAAGAAACACCAACUGUUCUGUGACGUUGAAGCUGAAGCAGAGCGUCCAUUCAUGUUGCAUCCUCCGUACGCUCUGUUUGGCCAGUAACUCUUCUUCUGACAUCCAUGUGGUGGGAAAAACAGCAGAUAGAAUCAGUCGGCUACCAAAUGAGUGCAAUAACGAUACACAAGAGCUAAACAGUUGCACCUAUAUUGGUCCAGACAGUGCAUCAUGUGGGACAGCAUAUGUGGUUCCUCAAGGCAACUCAACUCACUGCGGGACAGAUAAGAAGAACAACACCUGCAGCUGCUCUGCUUACUGCAGUGGAACUGAUGCAUACUACACUUUUAACAUUUCAAUACAAGAUUCCAUGAUGAACUUUUCAUAUGUCUUGUCCCUGAUUUCCAAACUAAAACAACCAAACUGCUCUUUAAGUUCAGAUGUUUCAUGUCCGUUGUCCGCUGUUGCAUCUGAAUACAAGGACGCCAAUGUGGAAUGUGAAAGCACAUCAACAAAUCUUCAAAGCUGCAAAGUGAUUUUAGGGUUUGGCCAUGAGGUUCCUAUCUGUAACGUGUCGGCAGCCUUAAGGUUUUUGUUUCAGUCUGAGAAGGAAAUCCGUUACAAUGGACGAGUGACCCAAGCAGCAAUUUGUGGAAAUUCACUCGCCGUCAAUCCACUAAAAUCUACCUUGAUGUGGAUAAACUUAAGCCUAAAGCCUGCGACCUUUUGCACAGACAUAGAAGAGUUUAACACCCAAACUUGUCAAAGAAAUGUGCUUGUGGAGCUGGAUGAGUGGUGUGUACAGGAGGCGUUUACCACACCCGGCCCAAAUGUGACAACCGCACAACCAAACGCCACCACCUCUUCUGUAAAUGUAACUUCAUCCCCGCUGAACACAACUGCUGAUGUCACAGAGUCAGGUUUGUUACCACCUCGGCACUGUGUACAACUCUGUUGCAACAUUUGCAUUAUAACGUCAUUAAAGUGUACCAUUGUACCAACAGUGUUGACUGCAGCUGAAAGCCAAGCCAACGCACUGUUUGACAUGACUGCAGACGUGUCCAAAAUGAACUCCAGCCAGGUGGCUCAGCUGGUGUCUGAGCUGUUGAGACUUUUGUCGGGCCCGACGGUCAGCAUGGCGCUGGGGAACACCUCCGUCCACAUCGUCAGCAAUCUGCUGGGUGCCUCUCCUGAGGUGCUGUCAGACUCCUCCAACAGCAUUAUAGAGGUUGUUGAUACAGUGGGGUUGAAGCUGGUCAUUCAUGGAAAUGCUGAGAACCUCUUGUCCCCCGCUGUGGCGCUGUCUGUGAAACCAGCAGAUGGCAGAAACUUCCAGGAAACAUUUUUCUCCAUCUCAGAUCCCAAUAAUGUUCAGGUCCGUGGGGAUUCCAGGCCCAGCCGGAGUGUGAGAUCAGACUCCUCCAUCCCUCAGGGCUCCAUCAGGCUGCCCCCCACUCUCACAGAGGACCUGACCAUCGAGCAACAGCAGCUGGCCUCCAGAGUCCAGUUCAAUUUCUACCAGGAGAGCACAGUGUACCAGGACAAAUCUUUGGGAGACCGUAAACUCAAUAGUGGGAUCCUUGGAGCGAGUGUGGCCAACCUGACAAUCAAAGAGCUGCAAGACGAUGUCGUGAUUCACCUGAGGAACACAGAGCCCGUUCCAGCUAAUUUUGUUGCUACAUGUGUUUUCUGGGACUUCACAUUAAAUAAUGAAUCAGGUGGUUGGAAUCCAAAAGGUUGUUUUGUCCGAAACAGCACAGACAAUGAGACGGUUUGUGCCUGCAACCAUUUGACCAGUUUUGCUAUACUGCUGGACCUCUCCAGAGAGCCUCUCAUAAAUCGUGUACAGGCUACCAUCCUUACCUUUAUUACAUACAUUGGCUGUGGAGUCUCUGCCAUCUUCCUCUCGAUCACCAUCCUCACCUACUUGUCCUUUGGGAAGUUGCGGAAGGACAUUCCAUCCAAAAUCCUAGUCCAGCUGUGCGUGGCGCUGCUGCUGCUGAACUUGGUCUUCCUGGUGGAUGCAUGGCUGGCUCUUUACCCAGACGCUGUGGGCCUCUGCAUCUCCACUGCCUGGUUCCUUCACUACUUCCUGCUGGUUACCUUCACCUGGAUGGGACUUGAGGCCGUCCACAUGUACCUAGCCCUUGUGAAAGUCUUCAACAGCUACAUAUCCCGCUCCAUGGUGAAGUACUCGCUGGUUGGCUGGGGCGUCCCGAUGAUUGUGGUCAUUAUUGUCAUUGCGAUUGACAAGGAUAACUACGGUCUUGUCUCCUAUGGAAAGUUUUCCGAUGGAACUAGUGAUGAAUUCUGCUGGCUGAAAAAUGACAUUGCGUUCUACGUGUCAGUGGUGGCCUAUUUCUGCAUCAUUUUUGUGUUCAACAUCGCCAUGUUCGUGGUGGUGUUGGUCCAGCUGUGUCGGAUAAAGAGGCAGAACCCUCACAAUCUGCAGCACCGCAGCACGCUGCAGGAUAUCCGCAGUGUGGCGGGGAUAACCAUCCUUCUGGGCCUCACUUGGGGCUUUGCCUUUUUUGCCUGGGGGCCCCUUAACCUGCCGUUCAUGUACCUCUUUGCCAUCUUUAACUCCUUGCAAGGUUUCUUUAUAUUUGUGUUCUACUGUGCGGUGAAGGAAAAUGUGAGGAAGCAGUGGAGGACGUUCCUGUGCUGCGGUAAAAUGAGACUAGCAGAGAACUCAGAAUGGAGCCGCACUGCAACACAGAAAAUUGCAAAGAAAUCCUCAGAGACCAGAGUUACAUCUCUUCAUUCCUCACAGUCGUCCCAGUCAAACAACUCAUCCAGCUCCACUUCUUUCCUCGUCAGUGACUCUUCAGAGCUGAAUAAUGGCGUUGGUAGCCCAUUUGAAGACAGAACCAUCACGGCGGAUGAAGACCCCAGUAUGGAUGUCGUCCUCAACGAGAUCAACAUGCAGUACAGAAACCAACAAACGCCCUGAUCCAGAAAGUGACUGUUUAUUGGCUCUUAUUUUGAAAUACUUGUAUAUAAUGUUAAUAGAAAGUAAGUUAUGUUCUGUCCAUCUGCACGUCACUUGUGUUAUAUGACUUGUAAUGGGGCAAUGGAAAUCCUAUAUUAUGGCACUUAGCUUUUGUACUUUCCUAUAUUCAUACUUUUCUUAGUUGUAUUUGCACAAGAUACCUGAAGGACAUGUUUUAAUCACUAUAAGUAGUCAUAUUUCAAUGGUACGUUGCAUAUACUGAUGUUGACCCAUGAUUCAAUAUCAGGCCAAGAGACUGGUAUCAGUUUUCACUUCUAUUAAUCUUUCAAUGUAAUUACAGAACACAACUGUGCAAACUUCUAUCAAUGGCCCAUGUUGUAUCUACAUUGUAUCCUGUUCCCUGUUUGUAUUGACAUGCUUUCUUAGAAGGGUGUCCAUGAUUAUUAUAUAUUAAUUUAUUAAAAUAAAGUUAAGACAUUUUCCCCCUAAAACACUUUUUAUUGUAGAGGUCACAGAAAGUAUCUCAAGUGGGACAGAACAGCAUUUGGUGAAAUUAUACUGAAUAAAUAAAUGUAACCGAGUCCCACAGGGUUGACCACGACUAAACGUGCUGUGUACUGUAUAUGCAAGCUACAUUCACCGUCCUUUACAUGCACCUAACA